UUUCAACUCUCCAAACUUCAUUCUACUAUAUAUAUAUAUAUAUUAGGGUUUUAAUUUGAAGCAGCUAUUGUUUUUGCUAUUGGUAUCUCCGUCCCUUGAACAAUGAGCAGAAGGAGCGAUGAAACUGCGGUGACUGAAGAAGCACCACCCAAACAGUCCCUACCGAACCUCUUCUCUUUGUUUCCUAAAAUCAAUUUUCAACUCCCUUUCCUCCCACCCAAACCUAAACCCAAACCUCAAGAACCCAACCCUCAGGCUCAGCAAGAGGGUCCGAAGCCUAGCCGUGUACAGUUUCCGAAAACCCAAGUGGCGGUGGUUGCUUCUUCGCCUCUGCAAGCUGAACCUGAUGCUGACCACUCUCCCGCUGCUAAGACAACCAAUCCUCUUAUACUCUGGCAGAUUUAUGCAAUAGGAGCGAUUGCGAUUUCAUCAUGGGUUUGGGCAAGAUGGAAUGAGAGGAAGGGCCGAGGUGGGGGGUCUCCCAAUGAUGAGAGGGGUGAAGGAAGGCAUUCUGAUGAUGGAAAUCAGUGAUCUUCAGGCGAUGAAUAGAAAUUUCCAUUAGCUGUAUACAGUGCUAUGCCAAUACUCUCACAUUCUAAGUAUGAAUGAAAAAUUGUUUCAUUACCAAGAGUCGCCGAAUUGGUCAUAUUUUCAUUUUAGUGUCAAA